CUCUCUGCGCUUCCUUCUCCCAAGCACAUCUAGGUGCUUCCUGGAGCCCAGGUCUGGCUCCAAACCCAUGAAAAUUUGCCAACUAUAAAAACUUCUCAAGAAUGAGAUGGAUCCCGGGGCGUCCUCUCCAGAGAAGCUGGAUAAAGAGAAUUUAGUGGGCAUCAAGAGUAAAGGGCUUGGUGUAUGUGGCUGGAUCCUGCUUUUCCUUUCUUUCCUGCUGAUGGUCAUUACCUUCCCGAUCUCCAUAUGGAUGUGCUUGAAGAUCAUUAAGGAGUACGAACGUGCUGUUGUAUUCCGACUGGGACGCAUCCAAGCUGACAAAGCCAAGGGACCAGGUCUGAUUCUGAUCUUGCCCUGCAUAGAUGUGUUUGUCAAAGUUGAUCUUCGGACCGUUACUUGCAACAUUCCUCCCCAGGAGAUCCUCACCAGAGACUCUGUGACCACUCAGGUGGAUGGAGUGGUCUAUUACAGGAUCUAUAGUGCCGUCUCGGCGGUGGCUAAUGUCAAUGAUGUCCACCAAGCCACAUUUCUGCUGGCUCAGACCACUCUGAGAAAUGUCUUAGGGACACAGACUUUGUCCCAGAUCCUAGCUGGCCGAGAAGAGAUCGCUCAUAACAUCCAGACCUUACUUGAUGAUGCCACCGAGCUGUGGGGGAUCCGGGUGGCCCGGGUGGAAAUCAAAGACGUCCGGAUUCCCGUGCAGUUGCAGAGGUCCAUGGCCGCUGAGGCCGAGGCCACCCGGGAAGCCAGGGCCAAGGUCCUUGCAGCGGAAGGAGAAAUGAAUGCUUCUAAAGCUCUGAAGUCCGCCUCCAUGGUGCUGGCUGAGUCCCCGGCAGCCCUCCAGUUGCGUUACCUGCAGACCUUAGCCACCGUGGCCACAGAGAAGAAUUCCACCAUUGUGUUUCCUCUGCCCAUAAAUAUGCUAGAGGGCAUUGGUGGCAUCACCUACGACAACCACAAGAAGGUCCCCAACAGAGCCUGAGGUCCUCCUGCUGCCUCCGGCCAUCACUUAGGCAUAUCUGUUCCUAUGGCAACCCCAGCAGUUAGCAGUGUUGAGAAUGUCAACACUAUUCAAGCAGAGUAACUUUACAGCUAGAUCAGCAUUAGCAGGAAAAGGCAUAGAGGCUACAAAAAGAAAAUAGAAAGAAAGAAAGAAAAAAAACGGCUGUAUGCUACUUUUAUUUUUAAGAAAGGAAAGAAAACUUUGCAUUAGUCUUAGGAUAAUCAGUAAGUAGGCAUCGCUGACUUAGAGCAGGAACUUUCUUGCUGUAGCUGGGGUGAUCUUUGGGUGACCGUGAUUAAGAUUUCAGAAUUACUUUUUAAUGAGUUUAAGCAGGGCUUCCCUGGUAGCUCAGAUGGUAAAGAAUCUGCCUGCAAUGCAAGAGACUUGGAUUCAAUCCCUGGGUUGGGAAGAUUCCCCUGGCACUCUAGAUAAUCGGCAAAGUAACACAUUUAUACUAGCCAUUUGCCUUAUCAAUUGAAAGUGAUUAUUUGCUCACUUUCCAGUUCUAGCUAUCUGCUUUGUAAUUCCAAAGUAGUUAUUAGCUAAAUUUCUAAUUGUGACAACAAAAUCCCCAGAAUGCUUAAAAUUAUGAUUGAUUUUGAUGUUUAGGACUAAAGACGCACUGAGGCUUCUGGCUGCAAAUUUAUCACCACCUCCCUCUCCCAGGCUGAUUGCCCUCAGCUCCCUGGCUGCAUGUCCUCCUCCUGGGACGGGUGGCCAAUCCUGGCCUCCCAGCACCUUUGUCAGAGGGUGAGAUGAGAUGUUUGACCCUGCAGGCUCCAGUCUGCUUAUUUGUUCACAAGUGAGAAGCUGGCAAAAGGUUGUGUUGUUGGAACUCACGGGGGAACAGUAGCCCGCGAACUUCUUGUUUCCAGUCUCUCCUUAGUCCCAAGAGCCACAAGUCACCAAGGAUUGUUUGUAAACUCUACUGUUCCUCUCUAACCCAUGCCCCCAAACCUCUCAAAAAUAAAGGCUCCAUAGAAUGUGAAUG